GCUUACAGUGUACACCUAUCUGUCUCCCACAAGCAUCAGCAGUCUCUCCAUCAGUCUCCGCGAUACGGGCGCUAUUACGGCGCAAAGCAUGGCACCUCUGCGCCCCGAAGAACCGGUCUCAGCCGCUGCGCACCUCUGCGUCUUUCUGCUGACCACCUCGGCCUGGAUGGCACUGCCGGGACCCGUGCGCGGUGGCAGCGGGGUUCUAGACCGGCGCGGCGGGGAGGAUCGUACGCUUGACAUGGGCGGCGGACAUGGAGGCUCCCCGCCGGGCUUCCAGGCGGACACGGACGAGGAAGCCGACGGCGCGGGGAGCUCAGCCCGCUUCAGGAGAGCGCUGUCCUGGGAUAAGCAGAUGUCCCUGCUCAGCAGCUCGUUCGUGCUGAAAGGAGAUGCGACCCACAACCAGGCGAUGGUCCACUGGACGGGAGAAAACAGCAGCGUCAUCCUGAUCCUGACCAAGUACUACCAUGCUGAUUCCACCAAGGUGCUGGAGAGCUCGCUGUGGAGGUCGACUGACUACGGCACGACUUACACCAAACUCAACCUGAUGCCGGGGACGACCAUCGUGGUGACAAGUUUCUACAUCUGCCCGACCAAUAAGAAAAAGGUAGUGCUGGUGGGUUCAUCCAUAAACGAACGCGACCAGAUGCUGUUCCUCAGCACAGACGAAGGUUCCUCCUUCCAGCGGCAGUCCAUCGCCUUCACCCCAGAAACGCUCAUCUUCCACCCCAAGGAAGAAGACAAGCUGCUGGCGUAUUGCAAAGAGGGCAGGCUCUUUGCUUCAGCAGAUCUGGGCCGCAAGUGGACUUUACUUCAAGAGCGGGUGACGAAGGACAAAGUCUUCUGGUCUGUAUCUGGUGUGGAUGUGGACCCUGAUCUGGUGCACAUGGAAAUGCAAGACACAAGUGGAGGUUACCUGUACGUCACCUGUCUCAUCCAGAACUGUUCGGACAAAAUGGUGACGGCUCAGUAUCUCGGCAAAAUCGACCACAACUCGCUGCUGGUGCAGGAUGACUACAUAUUUGUCAAGGUCACCACGGGGAAUCGUACGAAGCACUAUGUGUCUUAUCGCCGCAACGAGUUUGUCCAGAUGAGGUUCCCCAAGUACGCCUUGCCAAAGGAUGUCCAGAUUGUGAGUACAGACGAGAACCAGGUCUUCCUCGCCCUGCAGGAGUGGUACCAGUCGGACACCUAUAACCUGUACCAGUCUGAUCCCCAAGGCGUCUACUACUCCAUCGUUCUGGAAAACGUUCGCAGCACCAAGCAGCCGGAGGAGAACGUCCUCAUCGAUAUCCUGGAGGUGCGUGGCAUCAAAGGAGUCUUCCUGGCCAAUCAGAAGAUCGAUGGAAAAGUGACAACCCUCAUCACCUAUAACAAAGGACGCGACUGGGAACCUUUGGCUCCUCCUACCACCGACAUGAACGGCAAACCAGUCAGCUGCAAAGCGCCGGACUGCCACCUCCACCUCCACCUGCGCUGGGCGGACAACCCCUACGUGUCCGGGACCGUCCACACCAAAGACUCUGCUCCAGGUCUCAUCAUGGGCGCUGGUAACCUGGGCUCCAAGCUAGUGGAGUAUAAGGAAGAGAUGUACAUCACUUCAGACUGUGGGAAGACAUGGAGACAGGUUUUCGAGGAGGAGCAUCACAUCCUGUAUCUGGACCACGGUGGGGUCAUCGUUGCCAUCAAGGACACUUCUAUUCCCCUCAAGAUACUCAAGUAAGAUUACAGUCAUGGCACCAAAAACAGAGCAGUCCUCACUGCUGUGAGACAUUGUUCAAUGGGGUGUGAUCAUUGCAUUAAUGGCUUUUUAGUGAUAUCUGGUAGCGUCAUCCACCUCUGAUAUGAUACAUGUGACAUGGGUUAAUUAAAUUAUUCAUUCUGGUAUUGAUUGGUACCAGUGGAUCGUCCAUUAGGAGCCUCUGGCAGUCAAUGAUGAGGAAUGUUGAAAUGAGAGCUGUAACUCUUUGUUUGUCCACAUCAUAACACAACUGAUUAAUUUUGAAUCCAAAUGCAUUUCAAAUAUCAAACAUCAAACCUCACCUUUGCUAAAAUGUUACAAAGGAGGUCAACAACUCCUGGACAAAAAGGCAAAAUGCUAAGUUACAACCAAGUAGAUGGGCUUGUGUGAUUUUGCAGCAGCCUGAUGUCAUUUCGUGACUGUAAAGUCAGUGGAUGGUCGUGUGGAAAGACUCUGGUGUGUCCUUUUAAGUCAGGGGUGUCAAACUCAUCUUAGUUCAGGGGCCAGUUUGAUCUGAAGUUGGCCGGACCAGUUAAAUCACAGCAGAAUAACCUACAAAUAACCACAAAUCCAACUUUUUCCUUUGUUUUAGUGCCAAAAAAAUACAAUCUGAAAAUGUUCACCUUUAAGGAACUAUCGUUUUGCAAAAAAAUAUGAAUAACCUGAAAUUUGUUAAGAAAAAAAAUCUAUUUCAACAACAUUAUGCAUCAGUUUAUCAUUUGCACAUUACAACUUUCAGAUCACAGAGUGUUUACAACAAGGCACAAAAAAACAACAAAAACGAGACAAAAUAAUACAAAAAUGAGACAAACGACAAACCAAACAAGACAAAAAAAAUUGCUAAAAAAAAUUACAAAGUGACAAAAAAUGGACAAAAAAAGACAAAAAAAUUCCACAAAUGACACAAACGAGACAAAAAAUGACAAAAAAGAAACAGAAUGAUUAAAAAAAUAAACAAGCGAGACAAAAAAACACAAAACGACAAAAACGAUGCACAAAUAAGGUAAAACACAAAAUGACAAAAAUCUGACAAAAAACACAAGCAAGAAAAAAAGGAAACACAAAACGGCCAAAGUGAGAAACAAAACAACAAAAACAUGAGACAAAUGAUAAAAGUCAAACAACAAAAGAAACAACAAAAACAAGACAAAAUAUUACAAAAAUGAGACACAAAAUGACAAAAACGAGAAAGAAAACGGCAAAAACAUAAGGCAAACGACAA